AUGGCAACCUCAGCUGUUCAAGUUGCUAGCGGUUAUCCUGCUUAUACUACCAUUCGAGUUAGUUGGGCUGCAGAAUCUGUCCUGCACGUUGAGCUCAACCGCCCAAACAAGCUCAAUUCAUUCAUUCACAAGACUUGGGACGACAUUUACGAUUGCUUUAAACGAGCACACAAAGAUGCUGAUGUUAGAUGUGUUGUCAUUUCUUCAACUGGAAGAGCUUUCACUGCCGGAUUAGAUCUAGUUGAAGCAUUCCCACCUAUCGAUGAGACUGAUCCACCUCGUCGAAUUCUCUUGUCGCAAGCUCAUUGCCAAGAGUGGCAAGAUGUCAUGUCAUCGCUGGAAAACUGUGGAAAACCAGUCAUCUGUGCCAUUAAUGGUGCAUGUGUUGGUGCUGGUGUCGAUUUGAUCACCGCAUCAAACAUCCGAUACGCUACAAAAGAUGCGUACUUUUGUAUCAAGGAAAUCGAUAUUGGCCUUGCUGCUGAUGUCGGAACCCUGAACAGAUUCCCAAAGAUUAUGGGCAACCAGUCUGUUUUACAUGAACUUGCUUUCACUGGACGAAACUUGCCAGCAGAUGAGGCCUACCAGAUUGGUUUGGUUGGUAAAGUCUUCGCCACAAAGGAGGAGAUGAUUGCUGCUGCCAUCAAGACUGCUUCAAUCAUUGCUGAAAAGAGUCCAGUCGCUGUGUACUCUACCAAGAAUCUACUGAACUUCCAACGUGACCACAGUGUUAAAGAUGGUCUUGAAUACAUCAAAGUCUGGAACACUGGUGGUAUUUUGGAGAUCCCAACUGCUCUUGAAGCUGCUCGUAAAAAGCAAAAGGCAAAGUACGCCAAGGCGAGACUUUGA